CUUUAUAAAAACCAAACAAAUUCUAAUGGUUUUCUGAUAAUUACUUAAUGGGUUGUUACUCUUAAUCAGAUUUUAAUGUAUUAUAAAUGUUUCAUUACCGAAAAAAGUAAAAAUAUGCGACAACUUUUGUUGACUGCUCGGAAGAUUUAGCUGCUGUGGGCGUAUGUUUCGUUGCCCGACAACCUAUCUUUAUCUGAUUAUUUCUCGUAAAGUCUCACUUACGAGAUUAUGUGAAUAGGACUGCGCAGCCGUACAAGAUCAUUGUACUGCUAUUAGCCGAAGUGACAGGACGUGGUCUUGUUAACUUCAGUACUUUUUCUGAUAGUUAUUGACGUGGUCAAUAAACUUUAGGUUUUCUAUCAGUGGAUGUGUGGCUAACGUGGUUAGUUACUUUAGAUCGGUCGGUUUUUACGAUCUCUUAUUACACAGGACUUUUUUGGUUGGAGGUUAUCCGCCAUUUUGUUUUUCGCACGAGGUGCUUGAUUUGUUUACGUCGCUGCUAUGGCCGAGAUUCAGGUUUCUCAGGACCAGUUGAAGGAAAAAACAAGGCCGUCUAGAAACUCGGUUAGUGGAUCUAAUAAAAGCGGAAGGAAAAAAGGUUUGAAUCCCGAUUCUCCUAAACAGUUCGAUGUAACCGCUAACUCUUUGCCUGGUUGUAGUACCGGUAAUAAUAAUAACAUCGGCUCGACGAGUGUUUUUUCCAAUUUUCUCGCUGCCUCGACAUCGUCUAAAUCGAAAGAUGUUCAGUCUGCCGAGUCAAGUAAUAAUGAUGUCCUGACGAUUCUAAAAUCCAUUCAGGAGACCCAAUCGGCUCAGAAUUCUCGGUUUCAAAGACUAUCGAAUAAAGUUGAUGAUCUUUACUACGUCAAUGAUGACGAUUAUGAAAAUGAGUUAUUAGGCUAUAAUGAUGAUACAGAUUAUAAUGAAGAUGAUCUAGAAGUUUUGCCUACAAAAAAGCCCAAAUUAUCAACAGACGCAGAACUUAGUAAUUCUGUUUAUGCUCUGGCAGGGGAAAAAUUGAGAGUUAAAGAUUUGUGUGACAAACCUAUUAAUCCAGACUUGGCAUCGUUGAUCGAUAACUGGUUCAGAGACGGUGUAGAGGAGGACAGAUAUAAUGAGUUAAUUAAAUCUAUCUCUCGUCCUAAAAACUGUGAGUCUUUGGUGACUGUUAAAACCAACCAAUUAGUGUGGGAUUUUCUUAGUCAGUCUACACGUACGAUGGACAAACGUAUACAAAACGCACAAACUUCCAUCAUUAAAGGAGCAGUCUCUUUGGCUAAAGUUACAGAAGUCCUUGGUGGUGGACAACCUCUGGAUGUUAACAACGUAUUGGAGCAGGCUAUGGAGUCCCUUGCUUUAUUUGGACAUGCCAAUAAACAGUUGUGUUUGGUGCGUCGAGAUAUGAUGAAACCCGAUAUGAGAGGGGAAUAUUUACAUUUAUGCAGUCAGAAUUUCAAAUAUACAGAUUGUCUAUUUGGAGAUGACAUAUCUAAAACAGUUAAGGAUAUCUCUGAUUGCUCUCGUAUUAGUAACAAGAUAGGUGCUUACCUAGGUCGCGGAGGACGUGGAAGGUCUGUCCGUGGUAGAGGAUUUAGAGGUAGAUUUUUUAGAGGCCAUUUUCGUGGUCGUGGUUCUGGAGGUUCCUAUGGAUCAUACAAUUCAGACGCAAAAAACUACCAGAAGAGUGGUCAAGGUCGACCCCACUCCCAACAAGCUCAACAGAAGUAGUUUCUGAGGCAAGUAUGAAUGCCACCUAUUGAACCGUUGUGUUCAGAAGAUACGUCAAGACAAGGCGAGAUGUAUUGUCG